AAUAGAGCUUUUCACAAAACUUGUGUAGGUCCCUCUGUGAUUUGUCACGUGGAAGCCUACCAUGUUGAAUGAGGCUCACUUGUUACAGAAUCAUUAUUUGUGGAGAACAAAAUCGUACCUUGGGUGUGGGUGUCAAUGGAUGUUGUAUAAAAUAUUGUAAUCAAUGUAAGAUUUGUCACACAUUUUCUGGUUUACAUUCAGGUGUUGUGUCAUCAGUGUGGACUGACUGAGGCCAGGGAGGAUUAUGGGAGGAACAAAGGGCAUGGAAACUUCCCUGUGUUAGAUCCAACAGCAAUAACAAACAGAAUGUGCCAUUUUUAUGACCCUGUGGUUAAACAUUUACUCUGUCGACAGUUUCUAUUGAACUGGACUUGAUGAGCGAUAGAAACUCAAGACAAGAAAGUCAUUUCGCCAUUAUGGUCUCAAGAAAGAAGUCACACGUUUGUUCUUGUCCUUCUGAGGAAAGAUUUUAGUUAGAGAAGAACUAAGAUAUAGAGACGAACAGAGGAGACUCAGGAGGACGGGAAACAGGUGAAGCUUGGCAUCGGCGGCGUGUUUUCAUCACGGAGGCUGUCGACCGCCACUAACAGGGAACACCAGAGACUCCACAGCGGGGUGAUUCCAAAAAACAGCACCGCAUGCUCAGCCGUCCGCUGCACCGCCGGGACUAUUACUCAAAGCAGGGAGGUGUGACCGGAAGAGAAGUUUGAAAACAAGCAGGUUUGUUGUCCCUCCUGGUUUCUGCGGUGAUAUAAUUAAACGUAUUGACAUUAAAGAUAAGCAUACUGAUCUGACGGAGAUGGCCCGCACAGUGGUCCAGCUCCUGGGCUUCCUCCUGGGUCUUGUGGGCAUGAUUGGCACUCUCAUCGCCACGGUUUUGCCGCACUGGCGCCGGACGGCGUACAUAGGGUCCAACAUCAUCACGGUGACUGGCUACAUGACGGGACUGUGGAUGGAGUGCGUGUGGCGCAGCACGGGCAUCUACCAGUGCCAGGUGCACCGGUCCCUGCUGGCCCUGCCGUCCGACCUGCAGGCCGCGCGGGCGCUCAUGGUGCUCGCCUGCUUCGCCUCGGCCUUCGCCACCGCCGCCUCGGCCACGGGCAUGAAGUGCACCCGCUGCUUCCACCGCUCUUCGUUCAAGAGCACGCUGGUGGUGGGCGGCGGCCUCCUCUUCGGGGCGAGCGGGCUGCUCUGCCUGGUGACCGUGUCCUGGACCACCAGCGACGUGGUGCGCGACUUCCACAACCCCCUGCAGCCCGGCGUCAAGUACGAGAUCGGCCAGGCCGUCUACCUGGGGUUCUUCUCCGCCUUCCUGAGCCUGGCUGGCGGGGUCGCGCUCUGCCUGUCCUGCGAGGACCCCCCUCGCCGCCCCCCCCGGAGCUGCCCCCCCCACGCCCGCCCCCACUACCCCCCGCCGCCCCGCAGUGCCUCGCAAAAGCCGCCUCCCCCGUACCGACCCCCUGCUGGCCGACCCCCUGUCCACAAGAGCAACCACGUCCCCUCCCGCUACUCGGCCUCCAGUAAUGGGUACAGACUCAGUGACUACGUGUGAGUGGAACAGUGCGCUAACACGCUAAUACAGACAUGUCUGCCAGGCCUGGUUUGCUGCGUUUGCGGGAGAUACCAGUUUACAAGGUCUGCUUCUAACACCACAGUGGAGAACCUUCUUUGUGCCACUAAUGGAGUGUCUGGAGAUUCUGGUGACAAUCACAGACAUAGCAACACCCCAAUUACUGCUGUGAUGGAGUCACUCAGUGCUAACUACAUUCGUCUGUUGUAAGUCUUACAGCGGCCCUGUCAGUUCUAGGUUCAUUUGGGUUUUUUUAAACUUGCAAUAUUGACAUGGUUUAAAAAGGAAAGAAAUGAUUGACUGUUUACCUUCAUCCUUAAGCGAUGAAAUGAUCUACAUCUUCCAGGCUAAAAUAGAGAUUUCUUCUGUUAUCACAGGCAUUUACUUUCCGCAUAUAAUGACUGAGAUGGUUCGGUGACAUUCUUCCAUUUUGUUUCAGCUAUCAGCCACGUUUGCUUUAAAAUAUAAAAAUGCAUUUUAGUUUAAGAUGUUUAUGUCUGCCCUGUUCUAUUUGUUUUACCAACUGAGUAUAUACAUGUACAUACAGGUUAAUGUACAUAUGUAUAAAUAGUGUAUUUGUAAAGGAUAAACCAUUUUAAUUGGG